AUGACUGUACCAGACACGAACAGUAACAGUCCCAACAACAGUAAUGGCCUAGAUCCGUCUGAGUCACCUCCAAUGCUCAAUGGCGACCGUCCUAACGGCAAACCCACUUCUCAAGAGGUAGUCAUUUUACCUUCCAGUUUUCUUCUUCUCAUCUGUAUCAUCGUGUGGGUAUUGGUCUUCAUAGAGAUCCUCAUUCUCUAUAGUUCUAUAGGCUACAGCGACGAUGCUUCCUUUUGCGUAUCGGCUUUUCAAACGAUCUUUUUCAUCCUGUCCUUAAUUUCGAUCUACGCGGCCUUCUUUGAGCCUGGUUUGGAGUUCGAAGGUCGUACAACCGAUCCACAAUGGAAGUUCCGUGAGAAAAACUGGUUGAUAUUCUUUGCUAAAGUUGGACUGGUAAUGAAUGCCAUGCAUGGCUUUAUGUUAUGCAAAGAGAUAACGGUUUUCAAUUGA